UGCAGCCUGGCAUGGCACAAAAGCCUAUUAUAAGCUUCAAGGUCGAAGGCAUUCAUGUUCAUUCACUGGAGCUAUGCUUUGAACACAACCGACCAUCAAAACCUGAAGAGUUGAGUGGAUUCACAGUAAUGGUGCUAACUUCUUUCCUGUGUAACCUCAAUAACACAUGCACGUUGUCCAUAAAGUUGAUGCCCAUAUUUUCCUUCUGGGACCCAGCUGUUCUCCCACUGGAAACAUUUUCACGUCCCUUUGGCCACAAUCGCUGUUUGCAUUGAGCCAAUCACAUUGCGCCUUUAACAAGAGUUGCACCGUGUAGUCUCAGUCUGCUCUCAACUCUGGCUGGACAACUGUGGAGCUGCCAGGGAGGCAGAAGCGCAAACGCCACACAGCUCGCGCUCGGGAGGUUACGGUACGGUGUGUGACUGAUGGGAGCUUUGUCGUGAUCAGCUGCAGAGAAACUUUCUUCUCUCUCUCUUUCUUCUUUUGUGGAUAAAUGGUUUUGGAAUUGGCGUCCGACAGAGAUCAAUAUAACCGGGAUCCGAAAAAUAAAUGGAACAACAAAAAUCGCGAGAACUUGAAUCGCUCCUGUUCAGUUUUUGCCAACUUUGUAUAGGCUGCUAGACCAUCCGAUCAGCCUCAGUCAGUCAGUCCGUGCGGGCGCAGCGGCAGGGGAGGCUGGAUGUGGCAGGAGACGGGUCACUGAGCUGCAGUGAGCCGGGUGCGAGUUUCCUAAUCCCUAACUAUCCAAUGUCACCGGGCAGGAUGAUAAUCGUUGGACUUCUGCUCAAUGUUUUCUCUCAUGGUAGCGUGACAGUAUCUGCAUCCGUAGACUGUUUGGUGGCCGAGCAGGGAUGCAUCCAGGAGCAGUCCUGCAUGGCCAUCUAUCGAUUGCUGGAGUACUGCGCGGCCGAGGAAGCCGUGGCGCCCCUCAGGGCAGACGCGCGGUUGGAGUGCCUGGAGGCCCAGAACUCCUUGCAGCGUUAUCGCCCCCUCCAAGUUUGCAAGUGUCAGCGUGGCUCUCGCAGGGAGGAACACUGCCUCAAGGUCUACUGGACUGUGAGAUUCGCAGCAUAUGAUGAGUAUGAAGUGUCUCCAUAUGAAGAACUGAAGUUAAACCUGGUGAGAAACAUCGAGAUGUCGCGUAUGGCCUCCAUCAUGUCAGCUUCCUCUAAUACUAUGGAUGGUCAAAACCAGUGCUUGAAGGCCGCCCAGGACUGUGGCCUGUAUGAGAAAUGUGGCUCCCUGCGGUCAGAAUAUGUUGUAGCCUGCACCAAGCGAGCAACAGUCUCUGACAACAGCUGUAACCGCCAGAAAUGCCACAAAGCCCUGCGGCGCUUCCUGGAGCGCGUGCCAGAGGAGUACAGCUUCGCUUUGCUCUUCUGUCCCUGCUCUGACACUCUGUGUGGGGAGCGCCGGAGGAAAACCAUCGUCCCGUCAUGCUCCUAUGAGGAGAAUGUGAGAGGGGAGGAGAGAGCGGGCAAGCCCAACUGCCUCAGCCUUCAGAACUACUGCUCCAAAGAUGAGCUGUGUAGAUCCCGCUUUGCUGAUUUCCAGCAUAACUGCCCGCCCCCCCCUCUCUCUGCCUCUGGCUGUAUGCGAGAGCGCAGAACCAUGUGCCUGAAGGCUUAUGCUGGACUCAUAGGAACCAUCAUGACUCCCAACUACGUGAGCAACAGCAGUACAGAGGUGUCCCAGUGGUGCACAUGUGAAGGCAGUGGGAAUGAAUGGCAGGGCUGUCAGCGCAUCCUGCAGAUGUUCACCAACAAUAUUUGUCUGCGCACUGCCAUCAGCUCCAUGGGAAUCUCCGCACCUCCUCCUGUGGAAAACUCUCCCAUGCCAACUUCUCAGCCCUCCCCACGCGUCUACCAGGAGAAGGUCCACGUCAGUGUUAACACUCUUCCUGAAUUCGACAGUAUGGAGGACAGCGAAGAAGAGGAACAGGAGGAAGAGGCGAGCGAAGAAUUCAACAUCAUUCCGCCGUAUUCCGAGAAGGACUCUGACACAGAAUCGGGUGCUAGAGGGAGCCAGCGGGGAGCAGCUAACCAAGCAGUACCCGUGUAUCCAUUACUGCUGCUGCCCGCGCUCAUCAUAGACUGGAAGUGUUGGAGCUACUGAAGCCUCCAUCUCAUUCUCCACUUACAUUUUACACUCGCUACUGCUGUCAAAUCCAUCUCAGCACUCAGAAUGGACCUCAGAGGACUGUCAUGAAGAAGAAAUGUAAAUACUCAUAACACUUUUUCUUUCCUUUUUUCUAGUUUUGUAUCCCAGCAUUUUUUUUCUAUUUUUUUUCCUCUUGAGCCUCCUCAGAUGUUAAAAGAUAUCUGUAGCCCCGCUGUAUCCAUGUUGUCUGUGCUCAAGUUGUCUCAAAUGAAAGAAAGGCAACAGCACGAGCAGAUACAUGAGAGCAUGGGUGAAUUGAGAGGUUUUCUCUGGGCAAAUGCUCUAUCUAGAGCUUGCUUCACACUGAAACCCCUCUUUUACCAAGAAGCACAUUGCCCAAGGCCACAUUCACUCUACUUGCUCCCAAAAACCAUAACCAGUCUACUCCACUGCAACCAGGCAUGAGCAUGGCUUUUGAUUUCUUUUUCAUGACUCAUGUCGCAUCCGUUUCUCUGCUGCCCCUUCGGCUCUUCCUCUCCCUCCUUCAUACUGUGGUAGAGUAAGAUAAUCCACUUUACAACGAGCUAAUAGGGAACCGCACCACACUUAAGCUGCUUUGUACCACUAAAAACACUUUUGGAAAUUGCUUCAUUUAAAAAAGUGAUGAAAUGUAAAACCAACGCGUUGUCGCCUCGUAUGCGGUUCUUUGCGUUUGGCGCACCGAAAAGCUGAGAGCAAGAGUCACUCUGCUCCCUUUCUUUUGUUAACACGCCACUUAGUAUUAUUCCUACCGCAGUGAGUGGCUGCGAAUUCAACCACAGGCAAAAGUAAUGAGAUCAAAUUCUUUUGUAGAAAUGACGAGGAGAGAAAAGCAACAUAAGCAAUUACAGCACAAUUCAAAUUGCUCAGCAUGCAGGGGAAGUCUAGAGUAGGGCUCAGGGGAGGAAAAAGCCAAUUUACUGCUGUCAUACCCUCUCACUUCUUUUAUCCUUAGGAGAUGUGUUUUUAGUGCGUCUUCACCAUCAUGCACUGUAGAUGCUGCGAGAGCGAGAUGCAGCGAUAGAGACGGACACAGGAGGCUGUAAAGCCUGCUGGCUGCUCUGAUCAUUGAGCAGCACAUUGAGCCAUUCUCUCUGCCUGAAAUAUCUUUUGCUGAUGUUAAUGAUUUUUCCUCUUAUGGCUCAUUUUCUUGUGAAAUUAUGCAGCUGCAGGGGUGUAGGUAAAGAGAAGGAUAGUGAAGCUUUUUAAGAGGGGUAAACUUCUCUGAUUUGAUGAUGGGUUUCCAAGAAGUAGCUGGGAUCUCUGCAAAGAAAAUCGCUCCGUUUUCUCACUAGUCAUAAACCGCUAUAGCACCAAUUCAUUGUAAUUACGAAUUCAUGUUUUUAAGAAAAUAAUAUGUAUUGGAGUAAUUGCAUUGAUGGGUGACUUGAGACUGUGUCACCAACAUCUGCUGGAGUUGUUUAUUAAUAUGAAGACUGAACUUUGGAUAUGUCUCGACAGUGUGAAGGCGUAAAGGAGGCUGGAAGCAUAUAAGCCCUGUUUCCCUGAGUGGCAGUCUAUCCUAUUUCAAAGUUUGGGGAAGUUAAAGUUGGACUUUGAAUGGAUGUUGUAAGGCUAGUGCACCUGCAGUGACUAUUACUGACUGUAGGGCGAAAUGACAUCAUGCAAGUUUUUUGACCACUUACUUGUUGAGAGCAAAGUUUUGAAGUAUGACUUCAUGCUUAGCUGGUGCCAAGAGAACAUAACCGGACAGAAGAAGUGAAGUAAUAGUCUGAUUUGACAACCAGCAGGCAUUCACAUUUAUGAAGCAGACCGUGGAGGAGGCGUGCCGCUAAUGACAGAGAAACAUCACCCAUCACAGCGUUUACGCUGCAGAGUCAGCCGCAGCGAGCUCUAAAGCAUCCAAUGACAAGUGUCAGUAAUUGCAUCCCGUGCACUCUGGCCUUAACGACUUAAUGUGAGUUUACAUGUGUGUCCGCAGGUUUGUUUAUAUUUGUAAACUAUGUAAAGUUAACGUUUACAUCAGCUUACUUUCCAUGCAUAAAACUGACAUAUUAAAGAAACUAUGUAACUAUUCCCCAGACAGUUUGUAUGUUAUAUCAUGGACGUGGUGAGGCUAUGUACAGUACUGUUUCAAUGCUUGUAAAAACAUACCAGACAUGCUGAAUAAUGCUGACCUUAGUGUGUAUUAACUGUGUAAUUUUGUGACAUAGCAUAAGGUGUUCCAGUUUGUUAAAAAAAAUCAAAAUAAAAGUCAUGUUGGAAAUUGAAUA